CUUUUCUUCUUCUUCUUUGGCAAAACGUAAAAAACAGUUUUCCUUGCUUUGCACUCUUGAAGCCUCAGACCUCUGUUCGGCGCUUGGACCCAAUUAGAGUUUCGUUUGCGCUCAUCGAUUGAUCAGCCAUGUCCGCUCCUCCGCCUAGAGAUAUGCGUUAUUAUGCGCCUGCGCUCCGCAAUAGUGCUCGCAAUCCGUCAGCGGCAGAACAGCAACAGCAACAGCAACAGCAGCGUGGACCACCACCACCGCACAACAGCAACAGACAAUAUACACCUCCUGGACCACCACGCUCGACUCCCCACCGAUCGCCGCCACCGGGUCAGGUGCCGAAAGCUCAUCGCGCACCACAGCCACCACCGCAUCGCAGUUCGCAUCGUCCAAGCUCGACGCAACGGUUGUCGUCUCAACCCGUUCCACCUACGCCUGGAGCUGCUGCACGACUAAGACAACAGCAGCAGAUACAGUCUAGACAGUCUGGAGAGCAUCAACGCAGCUAUCAUGGUCGUGGUCAACCUUUGCCACAGCAACAGCGGCUGCACAACAACCAACAACAACAGCAACAACAGCCUCAUUAUCAACAAUAUCAGCAGUAUCAUCAGCAACAACUAAGAAACAGACACAUGCAACGUCAGGGCAGCUUGUCACGAUCAAGAACACUGUCCAGACCAGACCGAUAUCGACCUCGGCCGGGUAUGAUUCGAAGCACAUCUCCUCCGCCUGCGCCCCCACCCCAUCGCGCACUACCGUUUAUGUCACCAUCUCCGCGUCCCGUGCAACCCAUGCCCAACAGACUACAGGCACAACUGCAGCAGCAAAAGCUACAACAGCAGAGAGAAGCUGGCUUGGCACCGCGUGUGCCUCCCCCGGACAGCAAUCGGAAACGCAACAAGUCUAAUCAAACAGAGGAAGAGGAAGAAGAGCCAAAUGUAUUGACGUCCUGGUGGGCAUGGACAGCGUUUUUGAUGACAUGUUGUAUUCCAAGCUGGUGCAUGAAAACAUGUUGUCGGAAACGGACAAAGCUGGUGCAGCAAGCAUGGCGAGAAAAGCUGGCAUUGGUUCUGGGCAUCCUGCUAUUGUGCGGUGUCUUGAUCUUUAUCACUUAUGGUCUUACGCUAGUUCUGUGUCCGGAGAAUCGUGCCAAUACCGCCUAUUCGACCGAAGUGGAUGGCAUCCGACGUGUUGUGUAUCGUAAAGAUGUGCGAGUGUUUGGCCGUGUCUAUGACUUGGACGACAUGAAAAACUUUUUUGCCAUGAACGGGCUGAAUUUGACAAACGACUAUGAGAACAUGGACUUGGGUCCGAUUUUCAAUGGUGAUGCAACUGGUGCUUGUCCGGGUAACGUUGCACUAGGUCCUUGUCGCUUGGACAGUCCCUAUGGUGGCUCGCUAUCUGGACCAGACGGUGGUUGUUUAUCUGUGAUUGACCUGAACCGAUACAUGGGAUCUUCAUCCAGCCUCGGCUUUGACUGGGACGAUCUUCAGCCUGAUCUCCGUGAGAUGACAGGCCCUGUCGUGGUGUUGGGCAACGCAGUGCUAAACCUUACUGCCUACGCGAGCAACGGCACUGCAAUAUUCGGCGAUUACAUUGACCGGGUUCUCACGAACAAUAUUGGCACCGAUGUAUCUUAUAUUUUAUUGUACGAACCACAGGGUCAUCGUAUGCGCGACUGUCUGCUGGCUCGAUACACGGCAGGUGUGAUGGAAAGUGACACGGGAGGAUGCAUUGCAGCACAAAUCAUCAUGAACAUUAUGCUUUCUGUGAUUAUCUGUAUGAUCGCGAUACGUUAUUCAAUGGCGCUUACGUUUUUGUGGUUCAUUGCUGGCCGGCUUGUGAAACCCGGUGGUCGGUCCAAUUGGCUUGCAUGGCGUUCCAUCAAGGGUGGUAACGAGGAUCCUUUGAACCAUAUUCCAGGACCAUAUACCUAUUACAAUGCACAGAAUCUCGGCAGCAAUAGCUCUUCUACCAGUGUCGCAAGCAGUUCUUCUUCUGCUCGAGGAGGAGGACAUGGCAUGGGCGGCAACGGAUCAGCAACAUCAUCUUCUACAUCUCCAGCUGCUGCUAAUAGACGGCCACAGACAGAUAUUGUAAAGACCGAACUCUAUACCAUCAUGCUUGUUACAUGUUACUCAGAGGGUUACGAAGGUUUACGGACGACCAUGGAUAGCUUGGCCAAAACAACAUAUUCCAACAAACACAAAUGUUUUUUUGUCAUUGCCGACGGCAUGAUUACUGGUGCAGGCGAGUCACGAUCAACACCUGAUAUCAUUAUAGAUAUGUUGGAUUUGGAUCCAACGAUGCGUGAGCCCAAGGCUUCUUCCUACGUUGCCAUCGCUGACGGUGAACGUCAACUGAAUAUGGCUAAAGUGUACGCGGGACACUAUCGUGGAGUACCUUGUGUAGCCGUAGUGAAAUGUGGUACCGAAGAGGAGGCCAAUAAGCCUAAAGCUGGUAACCGUGGGAAGCGUGAUUCUCAGUUGAUUGUGAUGCAAUUUUUCCAACGUGUAUUGUUCAACGACCGUUUGUCUGAGCUCGACUAUGAAAUCUUUUGGAAGAUGACAUGGUUGAUGCGAGGUGUUACGCCCGACAAGUUUGAACUGGUUCUCAUGGUGGAUGCCGAUACUAAAGUUCUACCGGAUGCCAUAACGUACAUGGUGGCUGCUAUGGCAAAUGACAUCACGAUCAUGGGUCUCUGUGGCGAAACACGUAUUGCCAACAAGCGAGCAUCCUGGGUUUCGGCAAUUCAAGUGUUCGAAUACUACAUAUCGCACAACUAUGCCAAAGCUUUUGAAUCAUUGUUUGGUAUCGUUACCUGCUUACCUGGCUGUUUCAGCAUGUACCGUAUCAAAGCACCCAAGAACGGUGCAUGGGUCCCCAUUUUGGCGAAUCCGGAUAUUAUUCUGGAAUACAACCAAAACAUUGUGACAACCUUGCACGCAAAAAACUUGCUUUUGCUUGGCGAAGACCGGUUCUUAUCCACACUGAUGUUACGUACCUUUCCUCGACGACAAAUGAUGUAUGUCCCUCAGGCCAAAUGCAAAACGAUUGUUCCCGAGUCGUUCAAGGUGUUACUUUCUCAACGCAGACGAUGGAUCAACUCAACAGUACACAACUUGAUGGAGCUUGUCCUGGUAUCCGAUCUCUGUGGCAUUGCUUGUUUGUCCAUGCAGUUUUCAGUGUUUGUUGAUCUGAUCGGUACUUUGGUGCUCCCUGCUGCUAUCUGCUUGACAGUUUAUCUGAUUGUCAAUACAGCCAUUUCAAGCAAUCCACAAUGGCAAUCGCUGGCUCUCCUGGUAGCUAUUCUUGGUCUACCAGCUGUGUUGAUUGCCAUUACUACCUUUAAGCUCGUGUACAUCGGAUGGAUGUGUAUAUACCUUCUUGCUUUACCAAUCUGGAACUUUGUGCUACCCAUCUACUCAUACUGGCACUUUGACGACUUUUCUUGGGGUGCCACGCGUAAAGUGGCGGGCGAAAAGAAAGACAAGGGCCAUAUGGAUCCAGAAGGCAAAUUCGACUCUUCUCGUCUGGUGAUGAAGAAAUGGGAGGACUGGGAAGCUGAACGUACGGGCCAGAAGAUUUUGCCCCGCAACAGAUUAACACUGAUCACACCGCAUGAUCCGUUGCCAGCACCUGUCGUUCCUCAAAUGGCCAAUACUGCUGGUCCUGCUGGCUCACGAACAUCAAUGAUGACACCCAUGUUUGCAAACCGUCAAAGGUUUACAUCACCCAUCAAUACUCCUCCCCAACUUGCAUCCACUCCACCACCGCAUCAUUGAAGGUAUUCUGAAUGAUGAGGUUUGUGGGCACCUUCUUUUCCCUCUACUCUUUUUUGUUUCUAUGAUGUAUAAAUUAUAUCCCUACUACACUUUGUAAUAUUCUCCAUCAUUCUACUUAGUCACUUUCUGAUUGGCGUCCUUCCUUUUUUUAAUCCGUUGUUUUAUUUUAUCGUAGCUCGAUAUGCAGUAAUGAAAUGUACUUCUUUGGUAGCUCGUGCUUUUUAAUAAAGAUCAAAACGCAUCUCAUUAUUAGUUGUUUUGAGAGCAAAUAUCAUCUCUU